GCGCUUGGUAACACACACUGGAGCAUCACUGGGAGACCGGAAGAAACUGCUGAGUAAUUAACGCUGAGGGGAAUAAAACUGAAAUAAUCCAUAAAUUACGAGUCGCAUAAUUGUCACCCAUCACCAGAUAACCGGGAGGUGGCUUGGUGAAAAUCGCUGAUUUUUUGCAAUUGAUAGAGACCAAGCCCUUUGUUCCAGGAUGUCUGUGUCUGUCAUCAUAAAAUGGGGCGGGCAGGAGUACUCCAUCACCACCCUGUGUGAAGAAGAUACAGUGUUUGACCUGAAACAGUCCAUCAAAUCACUCACAGGUGUUCUGCCGGAGAGACAGAAACUGCUGGGGCUCAAAGUGAAAGGGAAGGCCGCAGAAGAUGACAUCAAGUUGGGCACGCUGAAGCUCAAGCCGAACACCAAAAUCAUGAUGAUGGGGAGCCGGGAAGAGAGCCUGGAAGAUGUCCUGGGUCCGCCGCCGGAAAACGACGACGUCAUUAACGACUUUGACUUUGAAGAGGAGGUUAUAGAAGUGGAGAACAGAGAAGAAAACUUGGCAAAAAUAGCCCGGCGAGUUAAAGACUACAAAGUAGAAAUUCUUAACCCUCCAAGAGAAGGAAAGAGACUGCUUGUUCUAGAUGUGGAUUACACUCUUUUCGAUACUCAGAGGAUCACACAGAACAGAGAGAGGCAGUUCUCAAAGUCCCCACUCCUCGUCGAUGAUCAAAGCAGGGGAGUGCAACUGAAAAUGUGUCAUGUGUGGCCUUCCUGUAGCCACAAGGGCUUCAACACUCUCCUGGCACUCUCCUGGACUGUGCUCUUUGUGUUGCAGGUGCUGGGGGUGACCAACAACCCCAACUACAAGAUAACCUUCAUGCUGGACAGCGCGGCCAUGAUCACUGUGCACAUCCCGAAGAGAGGCGUGGUGGAGGUGAAACCUCUGGGUGUGAUCUGGGGGAAGUAUUCCGAGUUCUACAAUAAGAAAAACACUAUUAUGUUUGAUGACAUCGGCAGGAACUUUCUGAUGAAUCCCCAGAACGGGCUGAAGGUUAGACCAUUCAUGAAAGCACAUUUAAAUCGGGAUAAAGACAGAGAACUUUUCAAACUCUCCCAGUACCUCAAGGAAAUCGCUAAGCUGGAAGAUUUUUCAGAUCUUAAUCACAAGCACUGGGAAAGGUACCUUUCCAAGAAGCAGAGCCAAUAGCACUUCCUGUGUGGAGAUCUGUGUGCAGGGCAUUCCUUCAGAGGAGAAGCAGUGCUGGACACUCACGCCAACGCCAAAACUCCCGUUGAGUUCUUUUCUGUGUGCUCUCCCCAUUAACUGUGUAACAAGUUCAGGGCAAAAACUUCCAAAGCAAAAGAGCGUUUCUUUCUCCAUCUCCACGCCUCCAUGUCUUUCACCCUGUCAGUCUCACUCUUGUGUCACUUCUGGCUCCACGCCUCUCAUGGUGUCUCAAUCAAUCUGCCUUUCACUCCUUUGCUCUCUUAACAUUUCGCUCUCUUCCAUUCUCAUUCUGUCUCUGUCUUUCACUCUUAUUCUGUCAUUUAUCCCGUCUCCCUCUCUCUGUGUCGCACACAAACCACACAGACUCACGGGGACCCCAACUUGACAGACAUUUCCAUCGGCCAGGAGUCCCUGACAAACCCGAACCUGCUUCCUGCCAACAGUGGCAGCCACGGUCUGAAUGCACUGCCUUCACAGCACUGCUUUCACAGCCCUGCAGCUCAAGCCGGUAGCUGGUGUAAAGGAAAAGGCCAGGGGCAGAAAAAGAACCUCUGUUUGUGUUUUGGCCAUCUUGACUUGUGUGUGAGCAGUGCCGUCUUGCUGGUAUCACACCAGUGUUCUGUGCUGCUGGUAUACCCACAUGGCUGACACAUACAGUCCAAGAAGACUGGGGCUUCUGUCAUUUUCUCAGACUUUAGAAACGCACAACAGUGAGUCGCAGCGCUGGGGAUUGGUUUGUCCUCCAUUUCCCUUCUUGUGCUGCAUGUCUCUGCUGGCCCAAAGCAUGUCAGGCAGAGGUUGCCCAGCACAGGAGGCUUUAAAGCCCCAAGCUGCUAUCCUAGUCCUGCCUUGUGCUUGUGGUUGCAGAUUGCUGGGUUUACCUGCAUUCUGCACAUAUGACUGAACUUCGUAACUGCAGUAUCUGGGUUUUGUUUAGGCAUAGAUUAGAGUCACCUGCCAUCAAGCAAUGGAGUUCUUGACUGGCUGGUUUUAGGUGUGUAAUUUAUAAGGAUUUCUUCCAAAUACUAGAUCUUCCGUAUUAUUCCAGUCCAAUAUUUAUGUCCAACAAGCUCAUAAACUUUUUGAUUUCCAUGCUCGUGAAUUCAGUCCUAUAGUUUGACAGGUAUCAAAGACCUGAAGCAGAAUGGUUCCAGUACGUGACAACCCAUGUGACAGAUAUGUGUUUGCCAUAAGGUGUUUACAGUUUAUUCUGAGGUCUGAGGAACUGUAUCCUGUUCAGAAAUUCUAUAAUUAAUUAGCUUUUAGAAGACAAUAAGACAUCAAUGUCUUCUAAAGUUUAUAAAAGACAUUAAUAAAAACUAAGAAUAUCCUUCUAUUUUCAUAGCUAAGUGUUAUCUUCAUUAAACCAUUACCUGCGUAAUUGAUCAAUUACUUAAACAAGUGCUUCUAAUGUUCAAAUAACAGGUGAUUCAGGAUGAACUGUAAGAAUAACUGGACUGGGUCUAUCCCAGGCUAUCGAGUGUUGUAGACCCCUGCCUUAAAAUAUUUUGUUAUUGAGAGCAAAUGGCAUUUUUCAGUGAAGACAAGUUGCAUUUUUAGUGAGGACUUUUUUCAGCUUGAGGUUUAAUUGGGGUUGCCUUUAACAAACCAUGUAACAACAGUCUGAAUUAAAUUACAUCUUUGUCUUUCUCUUCAUAGUGUUUAACAAAAAACAUACAAUAGGAUAGGCUAAAUAAAGUCCAGUACUAUAAUUUAUUACAUUGCUUUACUGCCUAACAAUAUGUAUGAGCAAAAAAGCUUAUGAAGAAUAAAAUCUUCUGAAGAAUACAUAAUUCACACACAGUAGCUGCACCAAUAUAUUUCCAUAAAUACAUUCAGUUGCUCAUCAGGUUUACUGUAAAUUUUGGCAGUUGCCACAGGCAUGAUGCCAAACAGCCAUUGUGUGACCCAAUACACAGUGAUGUCUUCAGAUAUGUCAGAUUAAGAUUUUUUAUCAUCAUUUGAAAAAGUGUAUGAAUUUAAACAAGCCAGAAUAACAACUGAUCAUAUCUUGAACUUUAAGUGUUCCUUAAUAAUAUUGUAUGUUGUAGGAGUGCCCAUGGCAAUUUGCAUAGAUUGGCGUCACUCGUUUUAAAGGAGAGCUUUGGAAAUGACAGCCUUCAUUGUGCAAAGGGGAUGGUUAUUCACCACGUUUUGAGCCCCGCACUUGAGUUUGCAGUUUGGAGAAAGAGUUUCCUACUUUUAUUUUCUGUGCCCAAGGAAAGUGCCUUGGAUGGAUUUGUAUGGGAUAUUUGCUGUAGCUGCAUUGAUUAGAAAAAAAAAAGGCUUGAUAUGUUUUAUUUUUUGUCAGUUUUAGAAAUAUUGGUGAGCUCGUAGUCCGAAUCCAAUCCCCCAGCACUAAGCAUGUAGUUCCUCUCCCUUCCUCUGCUCUCCCUCCUGCCCUUCUUAGGCGAGUCUCUGUGAUGCUGCCUGGAAAAGGAAUGAUUCCCAGUUUCCCACGCACCGGCUCUGUCACAUGGAGUGGCCAUGGAGCCUUCCAUUCUUCAUUCCAGCGGAGGAUGUAAUUAUCUAAUUGCAGUGAUUAGAUAAGUGGAGCGGGUAAACCUUUCUCCAGGUCCUCCGCAGGCAAAGUUGUGAAGAGACUUAGUCAACAUAUUGGAUAAGAAAAGCACUGGCCAUUCGUGAGCUCAGUAAUUUCACAACAAAACCCAGACGGGCUGCUAUCUCCAGUCAGCUUGAGCUUUGUUCUCCUGGUAAAAGCAGAUAAUCCAGAAUCAAUGCAUAUUUCACUGCACCCCAGUUGUGUUAAAGAAGCAAUACAGUGCCUGUAAAAGUCCUGCGCAUCUGCUUUGUUUCUCGUCCACUGUCAUGCACAUUAUUUUCUGAGCAUGGUUGUUGGUUCUGUGUCAUCAUUAAACGGCUGAAUAAUUGUGUUACCUGAACUGCAGGUGAUGUCAUUGCUUGGUGGUAGCGAUAGGCAUAAUUGCAGUUAAUGUGACCAUAAUUUAACAUGCUGUAGCUGUAGAGGCCAGCAAUGUGCAGUUGUUGGCAAUUUUAAUGCAAGGUUCUGCACUGUGGUUCAUAACUUUCAGACUCUUCUGCAUUUAAAGAUUCUGAAAAUUUGACACAAGUUCUCGGACUUCUGUGACUGUGAAAUAACUCGUCUUGAUCCUGAAUGGUGGAGAGUGCAGUGAAUAGUGCCCAAUUAGUUGAUUUGAUUAAAGGAAACAAGCAGUUCCUGGAAGAGCUGAUCACUGUUGAUUUGGGUUAGUUGUGCUUGUGUACCAAAAUGAGUUUUUAGUUUUUCUGAAAGUUCCCUACAGGAGAGAAAGGGAUGUGUGGAACCUGAUGCACUGUGGAGAUUCCUGAGAUUACGUAGAGUAACUUUUUACAUUUUUGUGAGCCCCUUUCGCGCAGGAUGUGAUUAUGAUCCACCGGACCUCUCCAGAUGGCCUGGUCCAAUGGUGUGAUCUCUUAGUUCAGCACAGUGCCUCAGCCACAGCACCAUUGCAGAGCAAUUCCUGACACUUUUGUGUUAAACAAGCAUUACAUGGUGACAACGUCUGCCCAGAAGCCCAUUUUGUGUUGAUUGUCGGGUUGUUACAUGUUAACCUGUUUAAAGUGGAACAAGUGAUGUGUUAAAAGAUUCCAGACAGGAACAUAUCACAGUUGUAAAUAAUAAAAAAAAUGAGCCUUUUUAAUGAA